GUUUAUACAGACUUCAUUGUCACUGUGUUGCUGAUAAAGAAUUGAACAGAAGUACGGAAGAACAAAGAACUGUUCCAACUUUUUACCCUAUCUAAAGAGAAUCAUGAGGAUCCCAUUUGCUUGUAUGCUGCUGCUUUCUGCUACUGUGCUCGCUCAGGUGCCAAACGACCGUUACAGGGAGUUUAUAAACCAGCAUAUGAACAACCAUAUGAGUGCUGACAGAUGUGACCAGGUCAUAGAUAGUAGACGUAUCACCAAAACCAACACUAAUGAGUGUAAGGAGACCAAUACCUUCAUCCUAUCCACCACCAGCCAUGUCGUAGACAUCUGUGUGCACGCAGGACAGCCAUUUGGUCAGAUGACCAAAAGCAGCUCCCCCUUCUUCAUUAUUGUCUGUGAACUGAAAAACCACGGGGCCAGGCGUCCACAUUGUCAGUACCGCGGUCAACGACGCACCAGAUAUAUUGCAAUCAAAUGUGAGAACGGCUUUCCUGUGCACUACGACGGAGACAUCGUACACUUUGAAAACUGACUCAACAGUGACCGUGUUCUUCAGUCUCUUGUUAAAUAAAAUACAUUUGACCACA